AUGGUCGUCGGAUCUGACGCCGUACCACUAGAAUUACAAUCCCCAUUCUUGGGACUUCGGCUUAGGAUGGACAGGGAGCCGCACUACAUACUCCUCAUAAUUCUCGAACGACUUUCCUUGGAAUGGGAACAGAUUUCGGCAGCGUUCUCCCAGCACGAACUACCAGAUCCUCUUCUAUACUCUGAAAUCGAUAACGGCCCAUUAGAGCUGUCGAAUAACCUCAGCUCGCUUAUCGGCUCUGAUCUCGUUACUUGCCGGCUAUACAAACGUUACGGUGAAUCCAUCCCAAUCCAGAUGCCUCACUCUAAUCAUAACCAUUAUCUCGUCAUGAACGCGAUGACCCCCUCCGCUAAUUCCGAAAACCAAUUCAACGAUUGGUAUACAAAAGAGCACAUUCCCCUUCUUAGUAAGGUUCCCUCAUGGUUGUCCUCUCGGAGAUUUAUUCUUGUGGAGACGACGGAGGAGCUGGGAGCCCCCGAGUAUCUCGCUCUGCAUGAAUGGGCGGAUCUAGCUGCGUUUGAGAGUAAAGAGUUCCUAGAUGCGACGAAUACGACCUGGAGAACAGAGGUAUUAUCUCAGGUCGUACGGAAGGAACGCUGGGUGAUGGAGUUCAACAAGGGUCUGGAUUCUGGAAAAUUCCGAGGACGUUACACAGUCAUCAAGGCAGAUGCGCCCUUGAUGGAGGAUCAUUCCACACCGCUAUCGAGUAUCGACACGAUCCGAAGCGAGGUAAUACCUCUGCCAGGACAGGUUUUUUCUGUGAAUGAGAAAGUCGCGACUCCGGAGAUGAAACAGAUUAAACAAUUUAUAUAUGAUUCUCGACAUACCUUUCCCGCUGCGUACGCGAUGGAAUCCGGAGUUUCGUAUGGGUAUCUCAGAUACGUGCGCGUAAGAUCGCGUGGCAAUUCUGCCUCGAAGGAAAUCCAGUCUUGGCGGGGAAUUUAUUCGGGGUCGUUGCAUUCCGGGACGCUCGUUGUAACAGGUAUUACACAUCCUUCAGUCCUGAGAUACGAGCGCGGGAACUAA